AUGGGUGGGCUGGAGAAGAAGAAGUACGAGCGGGGCUCCGCCACCAACUACAUCACCCGCAACAGGGCGCGGAAGAAGCUGCAGCUGAGCCUGCCCGACUUCAGGCGCCUCUGCAUCUUGAAGGGGAUUUACCCCCACGAGCCCAAGCACAAGAAGAAAGUGAACAAAGGUUCCACUGCACCCAGGACCUUCUACCUCCUCAAGGACAUCAAAUUCCUCCUGCAUGAGCCCAUUGUCAACAAGUUCCGGGAGUACAAGGUGUUUGUCCGCAAGCUCCGGAAGGCCUACGGGAAGAGCGAGUGGGGCACUGUAGACCGGCUGAAGGACAACAAGCCCACCUACAAGCUCGACCACAUCGUGAAGGAGAGGUACCCAACCUUCAUAGACGCUCUGCGGGACCUGGACGAUGCCCUCUCCAUGUGCUUCCUCUUCUCCACCUUCCCACGGACUGGCAAGUGCCAUGUCCAGACCAUUCAGCUCUGCCGGCGCCUGGCCGUUGAGUUCCUCAACUACGUCAUCGCCUCCCGCUCCCUGCGCAAGGUCUUCCUCUCCAUCAAGGGCAUCUACUACCAGGCUGAGGUGCUGGGGCAGCCCAUCACCUGGAUCACCCCCUACACCUUUGCCCACGAUCACCCCACAGACGUGGAUUACCGGGUCAUGGCCACCUUCACCGAGUUCUACACCACCCUGCUGGGCUUCGUCAACUUCCGCCUCUACCACUCCCUCAACCUGGUCUAUCCCCCCAAGAUCGACGGCCAGGCUGAUGCGGAGCUGAAGCCUGUGGAGGGCAAGGAGUAUGCCAUGGAUUCAGAGAGCUACCUGGAGAAAUUGUCAGCUCUGAGUGCCAGCCUGGCACGUGUGGUGGCACCAGCCCAUGAGGAUGAGGUGGAGAUGGAUGAGUUCCCAGUGGAGGGGGAGACAGCUGAACAGAUGGACACGAGGAAAAAGGAGCAGGAGGCCCUGGAGAAGCACAAGAAGAUGUUCGAAGGGCUGCGCUUCUUCCUCAACAGGGAGGUGCCUCGAGAGCCGCUGGCCUUCAUCAUCCGGUGCUUUGGUGGCCAGGUCUCCUGGGACAAGUCCUUGUGCAUCGGUGCCACCUACGAUGCCAGCGACCUCUCCAUCACGCACCACAUCAUUGACCGGCCCCGGCUGGACCAGCAGGUCAUUGGCAGGUGCUACCUGCAGCCCCAAUGGGUCUUCGACUCAGUCAAUGCCAAGAUGUGUCUCCCCGUGGCUGACUACUUCCCUGGCGUCCUGCUGCCCCCACAUCUCUCACCCUUCGUGACAGAGCAGGAAGGAGACUAUGUCCCUCCUGAGAAGCUGAAGCUGCUGGCCUUGCAGAGAGGAGAGAACCCAGGUGAUGUGAGGCUCCAAGCUUGGAAUGAAGAGAGUGAGGAGGAGGAAGAGGAGGAUGAGGAGGAUGACAAUGACAAAGAAGAGGAGGAGGAUGAAGAUGAGUCUGAAAAAGAGGAAGAAAUGAAAUUAAAGAAGAUGGAAGAAGAGAGAAGAAAGGGAAAAAAAAAAAGGGUGACUGCUGGCAAGCUGCGUCUGGAGGACAAGAAGCGCCUGGAGCAGGAGCAGCAGAGCGAGGAGAAGCGCCUGGCCAUCAUGAUGAUGAAGAAGAGGGAGAAGUAUCUCUACAAGAAGAUUAUGUUCGGCAAGAAGCGCAAAGUCCGAGAGGCAAACAAAUUGGCUGCAAAGAGGAAAGCCCACGACACUGCUGUCAAAGAGGAGAAGAAGAAGAGCAAGAAGGCACGACGAGCCUGAUGGGGCCCAGGGGCUCCCACACCCUACAGAGACCACUGUGUUUGGGUGGAAACCCCUCAGCUUUGCUCUGGGGUCAGAACUGCUCCAUUCAAACAUUUCUCACCUGUAAAUGCAACCUCCCCCUGCGCCUUGCCUGCAGCUCUCCACUGCUGCUGCUGCCCAUCUGUGCCUGGGCUGUGGGAUUGGUGUCACAAGACUGUCCUCUUCAUACUGGUGCCACCUCUGCUUCCUGACCUGUGAGGAGGAGGAGGCCAGGGAGGGGUCUGAGCUCUUGCUGGUCCCUCCACCAUUCUUCCUUUUGAGGAAGGAUGGAGGAGCUGAGCCCCCUGGUGGAGCUUCCCAGGGCUUGGUUCUUCUCUUGUUUUUAAUUAA